AAACACAGCAAUUCAAGUGAAAGUGUAUAUUGUACAUAGCCGACUCUAUAUACCUGGUUCUUAUUUCAAUCAAAUUAUGCCCAAAAAAAACCCCCACUAUAAAUAGCUUCACAUAACGCAAGUGUAAGAGCAGAGAAAGCACAACAGAAAGAAGUUAAAGAGAAAAUGGCUCGACUCUUAUCUCUUCUCUCUUUUUCCCUAACACUUUUGAUCCUUCUCCAUGGCUACACAGCUCAACAGUUUCCCAACGAGUGCCAGCUAGACCAGCUCAAUGCGCUCGAGCCGUCACACGUACUUAAGGCUGAGGCUGGUCGCAUCGAGGUGUGGGACCAUCACGCUCCUCAGCUACGUUGCUCUGGUGUCGCCUUCGUACGUUACAUCAUCCAGUCUAAGGGUCUCUACUUGCCCUCUUUCUUUAACGCCGCAAAGCUCUCCUUCGUGGCUCAAGGACGAGGUCUUAUGGGAAGAGUGAUCCCUGGAUGCGCCGAGACAUUCCAAGACUCAUCAGUGUUCCAACCCUUCGGAGGCCAGGGCCAAGGACAGGGACAGGGCCAGGGACAAGGACAGGGCCAGGGACAAGGACAGGGCCAGCAGGGACAGGGCCAAGGUCAGGGUCAAGGCUUCCGUGAUAUGCACCAGAAAGUGGAGCACAUAAGGAGCGGCGACACCAUCGCAACACCACCCGGUGUAGCCCAAUGGUUCUACAACGACGGAAAACAACCACUUGUCAUUGUUUCCGUCUUGGAUUUAGCCAGCAACCAGAACCAGCUCGAUCGCAACCCAAGGCCGUUUUACUUGGCCGGAAACAACCCACAAGGCCAAGUAUGGCUACAAGGACGAGAGCAACAGCCACAAAAGAACAUCCUUAGUGGCUUCACAGCAGAGUUUCUUGCUCAAGCUUUCAAGAUCACUGUUCAGACAGCGCAGCAACUCCAGAACCAGCAAGACACCCGUGGGAACAUUGUCUUUGUCCAAGGACCGUUCAGUGUCAUUAGGCCGCCUUUGAGAGGCCAGAGACCUCAGCAGGAAGAAGAAGUAGGAAACGGUUUAGAGGAGACCAUAUGCAGCCAGAGAGUCACCGAAAACCUCGAUGACCCGUCAAAUGCUGACGUGUACAAGCCACAGCUCGGUUACAUCAGCACUCUUAACAGUUACGAUCUCCCCAUCCUUCGCUUCCUUCGUCUCUCAGCUCUCCGCGGAUCCAUCCGUCAAAACGCAAUGGUGCUCCCACAGUGGAACGCAAACGCAAACGCGCUUCUUUACGUGACAGACGGAGAAGCCCAAGUGCAGGUGGUUAACGACAACGGUGACAGAGUGUUCGAUGGACAACUCUCGCAAGGACAGCUACUUGCCCUACCACAAGGGUUCUCCGUGGUGAAACGCGCAACAAGCGAUCAGUUCCAGUGGAUCGAGUUCAAGACAAACGCAAACGCACAAAUCAACACUCUUGCGGGACGAACCUCGGUCUUGAGCGGUUUACCAUUAGAGGUCAUAAGCAACGGAUACCAAAUCUCACUCGAAGAAGCGAGGAAGGUUAAGUUCAACACCAUCGAGACCACUUUGACUCACAGUAGUGGCCCAGCUAGCUACGGCAGGCCAAGGAAGGCUGAUGCUUGAGAGUUUGGAACGGAGUGAGCCUCUACUGUAAAAGGAAGUUAAGUAGUAGUAGUAAUAAGAGUAAUAAUGUCCGAAAAUGUGACUGGUUUUGUUGAGCUUUACUUGUAAAAUGUAACACUUCUUUUUGUUGAAUAAAAUCAUCAAGUUCAUAAAAGUCUAUGUCAAAACUUUGAUUCUUAGAUACUAGACCCUUUUAGAUAAGCUCAU